AUGUCGGUCCUGCCACCAGAUGUGCAUGCAGCGCUCGCACAGCUGCUGGAUGCGCUGCAGUCUUCCGACAAUAGCGUGCGAACACAGGCGGAGGCACAUCUCCAAGACAGCUGGACCGUGCAAAAGCCCGAUGUGCUGUUGAUGGGCUUGGUAGAGCAGAUUCAAGGCUCCAACGAUCCUACGGUAGGCGCUUCCCCUAUUUUGGAACCCACCAAGAAGACUAUGACACGAGCGUAUGCUGCGGUGAUCUUCCGUCGAAUUGCCUCCAAGGCGCGCAAAUUACCAAAUGGCGAGAGCCUGGAGCUCUUCCUGUCAUUACCUCAGGAACAGGCCUAUGUCAUUAGACAAAAACUCAUUGAAGCGCUUGGAGCCGAAGCGACGAACAGCGUGAGGAAUAAGAUUGGUGAUGCGGUUGCUGAGAUAGCAAGAGAAUACUCUGAUGGAAAGCAACAAUGGCCGGAGAUCCUCGGUGUUUUGUUCACUCUUAGCACGUCGAAGGAGGUUGGACAACGAGAAAUUGCCUAUAGAAUAUUCUCAACCACCCCUGGGAUUAUCGAAAAGCAACACGAGGAUACAGUUUUGUCAGCUUUUACCAAGGGUUUCAAGGAUGAAGACGUUGGCGUUCGCCUCUCAGCAAUGGAAGCAUUUGCUUCAUUCUUUCGCAGCAUCCCUAAGAAAUCCCAAACAAAAUAUUACGCCCUCAUACCCGAAGUUCUGAACAUCUUACCUCCAAUCAAGCAAUCACAAGAUUCAGAAGAGCUCACAAGGGGAUUAGUCUCCCUGAUUGACCUUGCUGAAGUUGCACCAAAAAUGUUCAAGCCUCUCUUUCACAACUUGGUCGAAUUUAGCAUCUCUGUCAUUCAAGACAAGGAGCUUACAGACCAAGCUCGUCAAAAUGCCUUGGAACUCAUGGCGACAUUUGCAGACUAUGCGCCAGCUAUGUGCAAGAAGGAUUCCUCAUAUACAAACGAUAUGAUUACUCAAUGCUUGAGUCUCAUGACUGAUAUUGGUGUUGAUGACGAUGAUGCUGCUGAGUGGAACUCCUCUGAUGAUAUGGAUCCUGAUGAAAGCGAUCUUAACCAUGUUGCAGGCGAGCAGUGCAUGGACAGAUUGGCAAACAAGCUUGGAGGUCAGGCUAUUCUAGCACCUACUUUCAACUGGCUUCCUAGAAUGAUGAAUUCCGACGCCUGGAGAGACCGACACGCAGCACUCAUGGCUAUUUCCGCCAUUUCCGAGGGCUGCAGAGACUUGAUGGAAGGCGAACUUAACCAGGUCUUGGAUUUGGUGGUUCCGGCACUUCGAGACCCACAUUCCCGUGUUCGAUGGGCUGGCUGUAACGCGCUUGGUCAAAUGAGCACAGAUUUCGCAGGCGUUAUGCAACCGAAAUACCACCAAAUUGUGGUCCCCGCCAUAAUCCCGGUUCUCGACUCCCCUGAACCGCGGGUUCAGGCUCACGCAGCUGCGGCACUCGUCAAUUUCUGUGAAGAGGCCGAGAAAGACGUUCUUGAGCCAUAUCUUGACGACCUUCUAACCCAUCUCUUCCAUCUUCUCCAGAGCCCGAAACGAUAUGUCCAAGAGCAAGCGCUCUCAACUAUUGCUACUAUCGCCGAUUCCGCCGAAGCUGCGUUUUCCAAGUACUAUGAUACUCUCAUGCCUAUUCUCUUCCAAGUCUUGCAACAGGAGAGCACGAAAGAACUUCGACUUCUUAGAGCAAAGGCUAUGGAGUGCGCUACACUUAUUGCCUUGGCUGUUGGAAAAGACAGACUAGGCAAUGAUGCGUUGAACUUAGUCCAGGUCUUGGGUAGCAUUCAGUCAGGUAUCACAGAUGCAGACGACCCUCAAGCGCAGUAUCUCAUGCACUGCUGGGGCCGGAUGUGUAGAGUCCUCGGUCAAGACUUCUUGCCAUAUUUACCUAGCGUGAUGCCUCCGCUUAUAGAGCUUGCUAGCGCAAAAGCUGAUAUUCAACUUUUGGAAGACGAGGAUCAGGUUGACCAGGUUCAGGCAGAUGAAGGAUGGGAGCUUGUGCCUCUGAAGGGAAAAGUUAUCGGCAUUAAGACAAGUACUCUUGAUGACAAGCAUAUGGCAAUUGAGCUUCUAGUCGUCUAUGCGCAGGUUCUUGAGGCUGCUUUCGCACCUUUUGUCGCUGAAAUUAUGGAGAAGAUCGCACUUCCUGGUUUGGCAUUUUUCUUUCACGACCCAGUUCGAGUCGUAUCGGCAAAGUGCGUUCCGCAGCUCCUAAACUCCUACAAGAAAGCGUUUGGCAGCCCUUCGAACGAACUGCAGGCUCUUUGGAAUGGAACAAUUGAAAAAUUAUUGGAGGUUUUAAGUGCCGAGCCAGCCGUCGAUACCCUCGCGGAGAUGUACCAAUGCUUCUACGAGUCCGUUGAGGUCAUGGGUAAGGGCUGCCUCACCCCUCAGAACAUGGAGACUUUCAUCGAUUCGGCACACUCUGCAUUAGAGGACUACAAGGAUCGCGUUGCCGCAAGACAGGAAGAGAAGGAUGAGGUCAGCCGCGAAGAAGGCGAGGAGGAGUCUGAGGACACCUUAUUUGCCAUCGAAGAUGACCAGACUCUUCUUUCCGACAUGAACAAAGCUUAUCACUGCAUUUUUAAGAACCAUGGUACUGCUUUCCUUCCUGCGUGGGAACGCCUCCACGCCACCUACGAGGCAUUCCUCAAGAGCCCAGAUGCCACACAACGCCAAUGGGGCCUUUGCAUCAUGGACGAUGUUUUGGAAUUCUGUGGUGAACAGAGCUGGAAGUACAACGAGUCUAUAAUCACUCCCCUUGUGGCAGGCUGCCAGGACCCAGCUCCUGCAAACCGACAAGCAGCUGCGUAUGGUAUUGGUGUUGCCGCACACAAGGGAGGGCCUCAGUGGUCCCAAUUCUUCGUCCCCGCGAUAGAUUUGCUCUUCUCCGUAACCAGAAUCCCACGUGCCCGAGGGGACGAUGAUGUAUUUGCAACCGAGAACGCAUGUGCAGCCAUCGCUAAGAUCUUGCAAUUUAAUGCUUCCUCUAUUCCAAAUGUCCAGGAAGUCAUUGUUCAAUGGAUUGAGACUUUGCCAAUUACCAACGAUGAAGAGGCUGCGCCAUAUGCAUAUGCUUUCCUCGCCCAACUAAUCGAUCAACAAAAUCCAGCAGUAAUGUCGCAGCCCACAAAAGUGUUCGAGUUUAUCGUACAGGCACUAGAGGCGGAGACACUGCAAAAUCAAAUCGCAAGCAGGAUAGUUGAUGCGUCAAAGCUAUUGCUCGGCAACUCUGGCCUGGAUCUCGCCCAACUCAUACAACAACUCGCACCCGAGAGACAGCAAGCACUGCGUCCUUACUUUGCAUAA